AUGAAUGAUAUGUUGUUAGCAUUUGGUUAUUCAGAAGAGGAUGUUGUGGUUUACCAUUUUAGGGUUUCAGGGGAAGAUUUAAUGUUAGGUUUAAGGCCUCUAGGCACUGAUAGGGAUGUAUUGAGAAUGAUUAGUUAUGUUGAAAAAAACAAGGUGCUAGAGGUGUAUAUUCAACAUGUUAGCAGGUUUUCAAAAAAGGAUGUUGAAAAGGAACCUGAAUACGUAGACCUUAGUGAUGAGGGAAGUUAUGAGGGUAGUGAUCAGCAGGAUGAAGACAGUGAGGAUAGUGAUCAGCAGGAUGAAGAUAGUGAAUGGCAGAGUGAUGAUGGUAGUUAUGAAGGAUCCUGUGAAGGUAGUGCAGGUGAGGGUGAAAAGGCAGAAGGUGUAGAGACCACCCCUAGCAAACGUGUAAAGUCAUUUCAUAGGAAAAGCGUAAAGGCUAAGAAUAGGAAGGAUAAGGUGGGUCAGGAUGAGGAUGAUGAAGAUCCAGAUUACAUCAUUGAUAAAGAUAAUGUUGUGGAAGAUUAUAGUGUUGAUAUGAAAGAGUAUUAUGCUGAAGUAGAUGCUGAAAUUAGUGAACAAUAUGAACAACAAGUUGAUGUAGAUGAGGAUGAUGAUCAGGUGGAUUUAGAUGGCUUUGAAAGUUAA